AUGUCUUUCAGCAUCCGCAACACUCUCGCCUUGGGCGCCUUCUCUGCCCUCGCCGCCGCUCAGACGGUAGCCCCCAAGCUCGACGCAACCUGUGCUGAUGUAGUCAUCUUCAUGGCUCGUGGCAACAACGCGCCUUACCAUGACAGCCGCACCUUUCCGUUCGUCCAGGCGACCUGCGACAAACUCAGAGCCCAGGGCAAGACCUGCGACCACAUCGACAUCCAGUACGACGUCACCCUAGGCGCAGAUUACUGCAACCAAGUCGCCGAAGGCGCCCGCAACGGCAUUUCCCAGAUUACUGCCUUCAAUGCAAAGUGCCCUUGCACUCAUAUUGUGGUCAAUGGCUACUCCGAGGGUGCCCACGUUGUUGGUGAUGUCUUGGGUGGACCUGGUGGAUGCACUUUUGUUUCCACGGGUCUUGAUAAUACCUCUUCUGCUGGCAAAGCGAUUGCGGCCGCUCUUGUUUGGGGCGAUGUCAUGCAUACCGCCAACCAGCCUUACAACGUGCUUGACGGCGCGGACAAGCAAAAGGGCAACGGGCGCAGCGCAGACGACCUUGCGCGUAUGAACCGCUACUCCUCAGUCCUCCGCGCCUAUUGCGCCGCUGGCGACCCAAUCUGUGCUGGCGGUAACGUCAUUGCCGACCAUCUGAACUACUUCGAGCUCUACACCGACGACGCUUCUUCUUGGGUUGUAUCCAAGAUUGAC